GUUUGGUUUUUAGUACAGAGCAAUAUUGCCCUUUUCAAGCCAACAAAGCAGUCAAGUGCAUACAGUGAUUCGAGGUUUUACCCAUCCAGUAACGCAGUGGAUGGAAAUAGGGAUACAGACAUCAGCAAGUGUACACACACUAACGAAGAAAACAAUCCUUGGUGGAGAGUAGACCUGGGGCGAGUAGAGCCUGUAGCUGAAGUGAUUAUACUCAACACAGACUCACACGAAACCAGAUUGGAUGGAGCUGAGAUAAGAGUGGGUAGGUAGUCAUUGUGGGAGAUGCUGUAUUCAGUUGCUUUACCUUGUUGAAAAGUGUUCUUUGUUGAUUUUAAAAUAUUUUAAUUUGAGACUGCACUGCCUUUUAAGAUUUCUAAGAAGAAAAGUAUGUAAAAUCGAUCGCUGUGUUUUGUAAAAGUGUAUCAUGAUCAGUAGCAUUUUCUUCCUACAUAGUUACAUUCAUGUAAAGUCAAAUUCCCACAGAUUCUAUUUGAGUGCUGAGCCAAUAUACACAUCAAUGUAAAGGUUUUGCAAGUGAGAUUGCAGCUCUCCCCUGAUCUUGAAGUGAAUGCCUAGAUUGUUUCUUUGUUACCUUUUCAACUAUUAUAAAAUUAUACAUGAUUAUGUUCAAAUACUGCAGUUUAUGCUACAUAUUGUGUAAUUCCAGAAAAUAUCCAUACCCCCUCCUCCAUGGAGGGCAUUUGGCUUAAGACCCCACCCCCCUGGAAUUUCCAGUGCUUGCCAUACCCCCACCCCUGGAAUUUCCGUAAUUAUUCAACUUGGUUGGGUACCGUGUGGAAAGAAUAUUUGUGUCAAAAAUGUUGUUACACUAAAUUAUUACGCAAAAGAUAAUUUUUUCCUAGAUAAAAUUAACUAAAAUCUUUUCAUUUACGUUAACAUGGUUUCUAAUUAUCUCAAGGAUGUUCUAAUGAGUAACCAUAGAGCCAAUACCUUAGACUACUAACUACACGAAAAAUGUCAUCUACAAAAGAACCCGUUGCAUUCAAACUAAACACCACGUAAAAUUUCAUUACUUUAUUUCAUGUUACAAGAACGCUUAAGGUGAAUCAAAUAUGUGAUAAAGCAACCCCACAGCUAGAUAACCAGAAGUUUAUUCAUACGCCAAUGUCAAUUGUAUUAUAGAAAACUGUCUCGCUAGCCGUGAGAAAAACAUUUAGGCGACCGUACAUGUAGAGGAAAGAUGAUCAAUACAACACUGGUAACAGUAAAAUAACUUAUAGCUCGCUCAACAGAGAAGCUGUUAGUUAUUAAUAACUCACUGAAUCUUACUCACACACGCCCUGGAAAAAACCUCUGAAAGCAGCCCCACACCCCACGAAAAUUGCCUCCUUUUGGAGCCCCCCUCCCCUCGGAAUGUUAUGUUGCCCUCCAUGGGGAGAAGAAAGGGUGUGGAUAUUUUCUGGAACUACACAUUUUCUUUUAUUCACUUUGCAAGGAAAUGAAACAGCAAAUGGAGGAGCAAACAACUAUCGUUGUGCAGAUAACAUACAAAUCCCAGCAUCAAGUUCCAAGACAUAUUUCUGUCGUCCCAAAGCAUAUGGCAGAUAUUUGUACAUCAGAAUACCUGGCAGUGACAAAAUGCUGACUCUCUGCGAGGUUGAAGUUUAUUCAUUAAGUAAGAGUGUUAAUCUUUCCUCCUGUUUAUUUUGUAGGUAUGCAUGAUGCUUGUGUGUGUAUCUUUUUUUCGCCUUUUACUAAACAAGUAAUCUGAAUUAAAAAAUACUUGCCAUGACCAUCUUUUAUUCUGCACUGCAGACACACUAUAUGUAUUUACACCUGUACAUGUACUUUGAACAUUAACAAGUUGAUUCAGAAAUGGAUUCAAUACUUGAUUUUCCGCUGUUUAAGGCUGUGCUCUAAGAAAACUUCUAAGUGGCUCAAUGCUCUAUAGCUGUGAGAUCCAGGGUGCCCAUGCCAGCAUAUGAUUUCUGAGAUUUUCUAGUCGCCCUUUAACACCAGGGUAAAGUGACUACUAUAUGAUUAAAACGCCCGAUCACUGUUGUGGGAAGUCAAAUCUCUUUCUUUUUUCCACGAGCUUGACGUGGCGAGUGUUUCUCCUUUUCUAAAACGAAACGUGUUUUUAUUCUCUUGUCUUAAAGCGUCAGCGUGUCCAAAUAUGGCAAUCCUGACAGGGACUUCAGGCAUCAUCACAAGUCCUUCUUACCCGGGAAAUUAUGGUAAUAAUCAAAAUUGCGGCUGGAUAAUCAUGGCAGGUACAGGAAAUCGCGUCAAGUUGGUCAUUCAAGACAUGGACAUAAAAAGUGGGAGUAACUGUCAGUACGACUAUAUACAAAUUCAAAAUGCUGUCAUAUAUGGUAGUAGUGUGCUUCCUGGGCGUUUAUGUGGUUCACUCACCAGCAAUUCGACUUUUUCUUCUUACAACGAAACCUUGAUUGUACGUUUUGUUACUGAUGGUUCUGAAACAGCCCGUGGAUUUAAAGCAAGAUACACUGUUAUUCCUCAUGGUAAGUAGGAGGAAUUAUGUUUUGCAGUGCUUUGCGCUUUAUCCAGCAUAGCAUGUUGCGCGAUAUCUCGGCACAAUCGCUUGUAAACACUAGAAAUUUCUGUUUGAGCAUAGACGAUUUCUGAAUUUUGUCCUCAAAGAUAGUCGUUUACAUUUGUCUUGAAAGGUUUCCACUUUGCUCAGUUAAGCAUAUUUAAAAUCAGAGGCAUAGCCAGCCAUUUUUUCCAUUUAAGUCCGAUUUGAAGAGGUCCUGAGAAAGCGAGGGAGGAGAGAUUCAUUCAUUCAUUCAGUCGUUUGUUCGUUCGUUCGUCCCUCCCUCCCUCCCUCCAUCCAUCCAUUCAUUCAGAGAGUUGUGAAACUUUGGAACUUGACUGUAAACGGUGCUGGUAUUGGUUCUGCAUGGCGAUAAAAAAAGAAAAGAUUGAGCACUCCUAGUAUUAUGUAUUUGGUUGUUCAUUGAAAAAACGUUAUUGAAUUUUGAAAAGAGUGAAAACAUAAAAAGGCCUAAUUAAAACAAGUGGAUUUCUUGACAUUUCAAGAGCUUUUGCUCCUUGAAGAUCGGGUCAGUAUGGGCUUUGUACCUAGAUUUUCUUACUUAUUGCCUAUGAUGUGUUGAGGACUUAGUAGAAAGCCAAGUUAUCGCCUAAGCCAUAAACAGUUUUCAGAGGGAACAUGAAGAACAGCGGGCCAUCUUUGCUCAAAAAUGUUGUGUCAAAUGAGUAAUUAGCAGUGAUUCGUCAACGAAUGGGUUCUUUUAGUUAAAAAAAAAUAGCCGUGUCACAGUCACACCUUGAUAAAUAGUUUUUGAAUCCUUUAUAAAGAAGUCUGUUACACUCAAGUACAUUUCCUAAGGUCAAUAGGGACGAGAGUGUCUCUUUAGCACUGCAUGUCUCGCUUGUGUGCACUAGAACUACGGAUUCCAUCAAUAUCGACGAUCGUGCGUAUAUUAUUAUAUCUCAGAAAAACGAGUACUCAGAGAGUAAAAUGGCGACUUUCUCAGGUCUUUGUAAGGUCUUCAGCUGUUUCGACCUUUGUAUCUUCUAAGGAAGAGAUUCUAAUUUGUCACAUAAGCUAAACCACCAUAACCAGUUACUGAUGACCAAAUUUGGAAGAAUUUUGUGUUUAACGAGGAAAUGACGUCAAAAAUGCAGCGUUGUCACGGGUUAAGGCACCGUUAACUGAGAAGACCUAGGAACGAGGUUCAGUUGUUUUGAUUGUGAACUUGAAACAUGGCGGACAUUUCACUCUUUUCAAGGGUAAGAACUAGGCGAAAAAAUAGCUAAAAACGUGGCAAGAACAGCAAGAAGACAACUCGAAGGACGACGUCUGCUAUUUGGAGGCUAUCUGCGGAGCUAGACAAACCUAAACGUACACUAUCGAAGAUGAACUUAACAUCCAUGGAUCGAUGGAGGUAAGCAUGUUUUAUCCAUGUUUUUAAACUAGGAAGAGAUUCUAAUUUGUCACAUAAGCUAAAAGAAGGAUGAGAGGCAGCCCGGUUCAGUUUAGAUUUAGCGAGAAUACUGUUCUUCCGACUAUGAAAUUUGAGUUACUCUGUUUGCAAAAUAGAAUUGCAGAGCGAAGCUAGUUCUCAAAGGGACACAGUCAGCUGAUGCAGAUGCGCAUUAGAUGCCAUUUGUUAGCUGAUUUGCAUGCUAGAAGACGCGCAUGAAACAGAAUUUGGAAGCGUAUCCAGAAUACUCUAAGCAAACCUUGUAGCGUUGAACUAGUUACAAGCCGAAAUCGUGAUUAUAGACCCUAAGUCAUAUCAGAGCACUCGGCAUUUUUAUAUAUAUAUACCAUUGAGAAUUUACCGAUGGAUUUGUCCAGACAUCGACGAAUACUUUCGAACAUUAGUAGAGGUGAGAAAUUACGCGAAGUCUGAAUCAUUGUCGAAGGGUCAAGGCCGAGAAAGAUUGAUUUUCCACGUACACGUAACUACUUACAUCGAUUUUCCAAAUAUAUAAAAUGAUUAUUUGCUCGCCAGUGUAUUUGAUUCAUUUCUCUUGUUAUUUUGUUAAACGAAGGCGAUUCCUCUAGAGGUAUCCGACGCGUACAUUUAAUUUCAGGUUGAGAUAAACGCUUUUCAAACUUGCAAAACUAGUGUCCAGGUCAGCGCGGUCCCAUAGCUGACUGUGUCUCUUUAAAUCGAUUUUCAAGUAAAGCAAACUAAAGUAACGAACCAUUUAAAUGGAAUAUUUUGUUCGAAAUUGCGUUUUAUAUCGAUCAAUGCAGAAUAAACAUAGUUACCCAGAGCAUGAAAUGAAAUAUUUUUUUAAGGUAUUGGCUAAGGAACCAAAAAAGUGGUGGCCAUAUGAACACACCCGUUUUUUCAAGUACCCACGCUGGAAUUCGGGCACGGUGCCGGUGCCCGAGUUCAAGGACGAGCUCGGGUACAAAUUAGGCACCGGUAAAAAUUGUAACUUGACAUUUCUUUACCCACGGAGCAUUUAGGAGUUCUCAAGAAGUCGUCGAAAAGUGUCCGUGCGUUCCAGAUCGAAAUGGAAUUUGGAAAUGUAUAUUUUUGAGGAGAGGGAAAACCGAAAUACACGAAGAAAACCCUCUCGGAGCAAGGACGAGAACCAACAACAAACUCAACCCACAUACAUGUAUGGCGUCACGCCAGGAUUCGAACCCAGACCACAUUGGUGGGCCGGGAGGCGAGUGCUCUCACCACUGCGCCACUCCGCAUUUUUGUUAGUUCUGGAGCAGUCCACUGCUUUAUAGCCGCUGCGAAGCUAAAGUUUCAAACUGGCCACUGAGCAAGGAAUGGUUGUCAGAGAAAACCGGGCAAAAUGUUAAAAAUGUCAACGGAAGGGGAUCCACAGAAUAAGUUCAUACCAACAUCAUAGAUAAGUCUGGUGGAGUAAUGGACAAAUAUACCAAACAUAGGUUCUUCACUGCCCUUGUAUUAGAGAUACGAGCAUCAGUUUAUUCGACCCCCUCAGACGCCAUUCUUAUAAGCAAAUUUUCACCAUUUUCUGAAACUCACAGAAUCCGCAAAAUUUAACGAGCGAAGUUUAUUUUCUGCUUGCGAUACAACACAUCACAGAACUACUUUCUAAAGGCAUAAGAUUUGUUAAGUAGCCACGGACAAGCCUAAAAUUUUCUUAUUUUAUCUGGCCUAAACUCAGUGUCUGCAAACGAGCAAAAAAUCGGGCAUUUUUGAAUUGAUUUACAGUGCACAACUAAAACGACAGAACAACUCCGACAGCCAAAUUGCAGUCUACUAUCAUCCAUGUAACCAAAACACUAAUAAUCAUUUUGGGCCAUUGAAACAGGAAGAAAUUAGAAAACUCACAUUUGUUAUAGUUCCAAGCUCUUCAUGGAAACAGACCGAUCCCUUCGAUCGUGUUUGUUUUAAGUCCUCUUCGUGAAUUUUCUUUCAUAUUUCGCUGUAAAGUAUGUUCAACAGCUGGAGGAAAUAUCAAAUUACAUCUGUAACUCUCUAAUUCCUGUGGAUUUCAUGGAAAUCCAUGGAGAUCAAUGGAAUUGGAUGCAGUAGUUUCCAUGGAAUUUCUUGGAACUUUUCCAUUAAAAUUGAUGUCGUUAUUCCCCAUGGAAUGCCAUGGAAAUUUUUUCCACGGAAAUCGAUGGAAUUCCAUGGAGGUAUUUCUUACGGUAUGUUAUACCAAGUUAUUUAAAAGGGCUAUGUCACGCUAUUUUCUACCUUUUUAAAAAGCUAAAGCGUGUUUUCGAAUCAAUUGAAUUCCAAGAAUAAGACUAUAUUUAGGCAUUAAAACCGUUUCCUGUCGUCUGUUAAUAUGGAUGGCAAGGAUGAUUGAAAAUUGAAAAAAUGGCCAGCCUUUUCAAUGCAAAAAAUUACAAGAAAAUAAGCACGUAAUAUUCCUAAAAACAGCAAUAUCCUCGAAACAAACCCCCUUUAACACCAGGAUAAAUUGACUACUAUAUGAUUAAAACGCCCGAUCACUGUUGUGGGAAGUCAAAUCUCUUUCUUUUUUCCACAAGCUUGACGUGGCGAGUGUUUCACCUUUUCCAAAACGAAACGUGUUAUUAUUCUCUUGUCUUAAAGCGUCAGCGUGUCCAAAUAUGGAAAUCCUGACAGGGACUUCAGGCAUCAUCACAAGUCCUUCUUACCCGGGGAAUUAUGGUAAUAAUCAAAAUUGCGGCUGGAAAAUCAUGGCAAGUACAGGAAAUCGCGUCAAGUUGGUCAUUCAAGACAUGGACAUAGAAAGUGGGAUUAACUGUCGGUACGACUAUGUACAAAUUCAAAAUGCUGUCAUAUAUGGUAGUGGUGUGCUUCCUGGGCGUUUAUGUGGUUCACUCACCAGCAAUUCGACUUUUUCUUCUUACAACGAAACCUUGAUUGUACGUUUUGUUACUGAUGGUUCUAUAAUAGCCCGUGGAUUUAAAGCAAGAUACACUGUUAUUCCUCAUGGUAAGUAGGAAGAAUUAUGUUUUGCAGUGCUUUGCGCUUUAUCCAGUAUAGUAUGUUGCGCGAUAUCUCGGCACAAUCGCUCGUAAACACUAGAAAUUUUUGUUUGAGCAUAGACGAUUUCUGAAUUUUGUCCUCAAGGAUAGUCCUUUACAUUUCUCUUGAAAGGUUUCCACUUUGCUCAAUUAAGCAUAUUUAAAAUCAGAGGCAUAGCCAGCCAUUUUUCCCAUUUAAGCCCGAUUUGUAGAGGUCCUGAGAAAGCGAGCGAGGAGAGAUUCAUUCAUUCAGUCAGUCGUUUGUUCGUUCGUUCGUUCGUCCCUCCCCCUCUCCCUCCCUCCCUCCCUCCAUCCAUCCAUUCAUUUAGAGAGUUGUAAAACUUUGGAACUUGAAUGUAAACGGUGCUGGUAUUGGUUGUGCAUUGCGAUAAAAAAAAAGAUUGAGCAGACGUAGUAUUAUGUAUUUGGUUGUUCAUUGAGAAAGCUUUAUUGAAUUUUGAAAAGAGUGAAAACAUAAAAAGGCCUAAUUAAAACAAGUGGAUUUCUUGACAUUUUAAGAGCUUUUGUUCUUUUAAGAUCGGGUUAGUAUGGGCUUCGUACCUAGAUUUUCUUACUUACUGCCUAUGAUGUGUUGAGGACUUAGUAGAAAGCCAACUUAUGGCGACUAUAUACAAAUUCAAAGUGCUGUCAUAUAUGGUAGUGGUGUGCUUCCUGGGCGUUUAUGUGGUUCACUCACCAGCAUUUCGACUUUUUCUUCUUACAACGAAACCUUGAUUGUACGUUUUGUUACUGAUGGUUCUGUAACAGCCCAUGGAUUUAAAGCAAGCUACACUGUUAUUCCUCAUGGUAAGUAGGAAGAAUUAUGUUUUGCAGUGCUUUGCGCUUUAUCCAGCAUAGUAUUUUGCGCGAUAUCUCGGCACAAUCGCUUGUAAACACUAGAAAUUUUUGUUUGAGCAUAGACGAUUUCUGAAUUUUGUCCUCAAAGAUAGUCCUUUAGAUUUCUCUUGAAAGGUUUCCACUUUGCUCAAUAUUCAACUGUAAAAAAAUAUGUACAGAAUUAUUUUUUACAGAAAUAUUUGAAGUAAGAAUUAAGCACUAUAUAACAUUAAGAAUUAUAUAAAUCAUAAAAAGAGCAAUCACUGUGUCAAUAGCGAUUUCGCAAAUACAUUCCUUGCGGCUCAGAUGCGGUCAAUAACUCUUGCAGACAGUCCAGAGUUUUAAAUUAAGUCAUUACAAAUCCGUCCCUGAUAUUAAAGAGAAAAGAAGUUAAAAAGAAUAAAAUCUCGUAUUCCUAAAUUCCUAAUUCUUUAAAAAAUUAUUAUUAUUAUUAUUAUUAUUAUUAUCAGUAUUAUUAUUAUUACCAGUUAGAUAAGUAUCUACCAUAAUAAGUUCUAUUAACUUGUGCUUGUGGCGAGACUCUAUCUUUAUUCCGUGAGCUCCCAUAUUUUGGUUUUGGAUUAUAGUCAAUAUAAUAGUUGUUUUCCUUCAUUUGUCGGCUAAAAAGUACCUAGAAAAACUCUCUAGCAUUUAUGACCUUAAUCUUUUCAGGCUAAACGUACUUCAAGAUCCUAAUCCGGGUGAUAGUCUCUAUAAUCAUCGUAUACAUAGUCGCUACUAUUCCCCAUAUAGUUCUACAAUUUAAAAGUGAACUUCCCAGUCGUUUGAUUGUUUCGCGCUUCUCUCUUCUACAUAAUAACAUCGAGAGUCUUAUGCAUCAGUCAGUUCCCAACGGGUAACGCAAAAUUUGCAAAUGCCCCACCCCCGGGACUGACAAGGUGGACAAAUGCCCCCAUUAGCCCGGGGUUGGGGGGGAGGGGGGACUGGGCGCAGCUGGAAUUGGCUGAUCCAUUAAGCGAAACCUUGAAAACUUUCAAGUUCAUCUAUUAGACGAGUUGAAUUUUGAAUUUAGCAUUAUAGGAGUUUCAGAAACUAAAAUAAUCAGCGGCAAAGAAAUGGAUUUUAAUCCAAGCAUACCUGCAUAUGUUUUCGAAUAUGUUCCCGACACCUCUAGCCUCUCACAUUGACAAUUUUAUUGUCUAAAAAGCCUCCUCUUGAUAAAACAACAUCAUCAAACGAAAAAACCGAUGUCUCUUUUACAGAAAAGUAGGCGCCAAAGGUAACUGAUGCAGAUGUUUCGACCAUAGUAAAAUGACACUUUUAUCGUCUAAAAAGACUCAUUUUGAGAAAACAACAUCAUCAGACAACAAAGCCUUGGUCUCUUUUGCAGAAAAAAAAAGGCUCGAAAGAAAAUUUUGAAUAUUUAACCAGAAUCAUUUGUUAACCUCUUUGGAAAAAUGCAAAUUUUUCGACUAUAGUAAAAUGACAUUUAUGUCGUCAAAAAAGCCUCCUUUUAGGAAAACAACAUCAUGAGAUCUCUAAUACAGAAAAGUAGGCUGGAAAGAGUCAUUUGGAAUUUUUGACCAGAAUCAUGGGUUAACCCCUUUGGAAAAAGGCAAAUUUUUUGGCUAUAGUAAAAUGAAAGGUGUUGGCUUGUAUGUUAAAGAUUCCUGAAAUAUAAGAGGUUUCUGAUGAAGCCUUCCAGUCACUUUGGAUCGAAAUCGAAACGUCUGUAUGAAGCUAAAAGUUGACAAUAAAUUACAAACGAGAAGUGGAUGUACUCGGCGUAGUUCAUGAUGGAGGCCAUUACACUUUCAUCCCUUUUAUACUUUUCUUAUGCUGUCGUUGUUGUUGUUGUUGUUUUUAAAUAAAACAGGAAGGAACCCCAGAUCAAAGCAAUAACAUUCAGGGGCGGAUCCAGGAUUUUUUUUAGGAGGGGGUGCACUCGUCUUUUGCUCUACUUCAACACCAAUAAACCACUCACAUAGUUUUUUUUUAUUUUUUUAUUAUUUUUAUUUUUUUUUUUUAUGCAGAAUACCAGUUGUAUUAGAAAACCGCAGGUCAUCUCGGGGGGGGGUGCGCACCCCCUGCACCCUCCCCCUAGAUCCGCCCCUGACAUUGUUCUGUGAGUCUGUACCUUCUACGUUAAGAAUAAUAACACGAUACUAUAAUUCGUCAUCCUUUUUUUCAUAAACUAAGUUUGAGGUAGUGUACUUUAUAUAUAUAUAUACUUGUACUCUGGGUAGAACGUAUUCCGUAGAGCGCUCAAUUCAUUUAAUUGAAGAGCAUUGACUAUUAAUAAUCACAGGAGUUCAGGCUUCAGGAGUAAUCAUUGAUCGUUUAUUGCGACAGUGCUGUUUCGUAUGGUCCGAAAUUGUAGGACCACACUCAUCAGGCAACUUCAACGAUUGACCGUUAAAAUUAAAAGCUGGCAGUAAAUAUAGGGAUGCGUUAAGAGAUAGUAUCUAGGUAACAGAUGGAUUGUGUCUUAGUUACGUUACUCUAGAGUUCUGAAGUACAUAUCUGUUUCUGUGGGGGCAUGAACUCGCUAGUUCGUUUCGCCUGUUUAGGCUACAAAGCUCUUUUUUACAAAUGAUGAUAAACUUUUCAUAAAGACAAAUGAUUACAUUUUUUGCUAAUGUUGCUAUAGGCUUUACAUUUCUUUAAAACUUUCCAUUUUAUCUGGAAAGGUUUGUUAGAGUCUUGUAAAGUCCAAAUAUAUUUUGAUAGUUCCGUUUUUUAUAUAUAUAUAUAUAUAUAUACAUAUUUUCUAGGUUGUGUACUUGAUCCAGUGGAUGUGUCGAAAAGUAGCGUCAUUUCUGAUCGAAGGUUUUUAGCUUCGUCAUCUCUUAGCGGCCGCAGUCCAUCUGAUGGCCGAUUAAAUGGAUCCAAUUCCUGGAUUCCUGCCACAAACAAUGACAACAAUGAUUUCCUCCAGAUCGAUCUGGGGUCUCUUUACUUUGUUUGUGGAGUAGAAACACAAGGGAAUCCAAAUAAUGAUUAUUGGACAAAAACAUACAAGAUAAAGACGUCCCUUGAUAAUGACGUGUGGACAUUCUACUCUGAGGGUGGCUCCGAAAAGGUACAUCUUUUUUCGCCCUAGGUGAAGUAAUAGCGAUAAUUUUUACCCUAGGUGAAGUAAUAGCGAAGUUAUAGUCUUGGAGACACUAAGUAAUGAAGGAUUGUGUUUACCUCUUAGCUUUGAGAAACCAGGAUUUCACAUGCCGAAGUUGCUUUCGUCCCCUUUCUCUCCCUUCCAUUCGCUUUCCUUUCUCUUCUCCCAUCUUCACUGUCUCUAGUUGCCCCCUUCUUUUCUUCCUGCCUCCUGCCUUGCUUUCUUUUUCCCCUCAUUGCUACAGCCUUCCGUCCUUGGUCUCUCAUUGUUUACAUAGGAAACGUUAGGGAAAUAAGUAGUAAAAUGUAAACGAAACUGACAUAGACGUGGUUUUCCUUUUAAUAUAUUUUGCCUAUACUGCCGGCGGGAGUCAUCGUCAACGUAGUUGCAAUCCUCAUAAAUAUCUUUUGUUUAUUUUUUUUUCUGCUAUUAACCGUGAGCGGAUAGGGUGAGACGUAAGAUAUGUUAAAAAGGCACCAGACGAAUUUUCGACCGGUUGAAAAAUUUGACCGGACAAGGAACCGUUCAACAUUUUCGCUUUCUUGACACUGAACUAACGAACCAGUUUGAGAAUGUUAUUUUUAUUAUUAUUUUUUAGUUGUUUUUCCAUCUACCCAUGCGCACAACACUACUUCAUCUGAAAUCCAGUAUGGCGUCUCCCAGCCGAGUUACCACGCAUCCAUGCGACCACGCCCUUGCUAGACACAAAUUUAGAUGGUUAUGGUGUUCACACCUCUUGAUUUUUCUCAUUUCAAAUGUUUGAACGGUUAGGCGUUCAAAUUUUCGUACGGUUAGCGUGUUUCCGUGCGAAUGAAACACCUAAACGCACGAAUUUGUCUUUCAUCAGCAUUUUAUAGAAAUUUUUGUUUAUUUGCUUUUAGAUAUUUACUGGAAAUGAUGACAAGAACAGCAUUGUAAGAAGUGAACUAUAUGAGCCACUUGCUGCCAAGUUUAUUCGUUUUUAUCCAGUUACAUUUCACAACAGGAAAGCAUUAAGGGUGGAGGUAUAUGGAUCUAAGCAAGGUGGGUCUCUUACUACAUACCCAAUACAUGCAGUUCAAAAGACAACCACAGCAUUUCUCAGUUAUUUUAAGACCUUGUGCAUUGAUCCGGCCCCGGGAAUCGAACCCGCGACUUCCUGCUCUGCUGUCGAACGCUCUACCGACUGAGCUAACCCUGCCGCUGAAUUCUGGUUUGUACAUACAGUGCAAGGAAACUGACUCAGUGACCACUUAGUUCAGUGCUCAGUUUUAAUACGGAGGUUAAGCAUGCAACCACGACGGCGACGGCAUCAAAAAACCUCACUUGUAAAAGCAUAGGUGCUCUUUCAAACUUCAUCGCUUUUGUUUCAUCACGCUAAAUUUGUCAAAUGUUAGAGAAUUUUUCUGGAGUUGAGUUCUAAGGGUCUGUAUCUCAGUUUAAAAAAAAAAAGAAAGGAAAAUCGUUGUCUUGUGUUCACAAUCUCAAUGAAACGUAAAAUUAAGAAGUUUCACGUCGUUGUCGUGCAGUGACGGCAAAGAAACAAAAAUAGAGAGAUUAAGAUUCACGUUUACGGCAUACGGCAAACGGCAAACGUCAGUUGAAAAUUUCUCAGAAUAGAAAAUAAGCAGAUAAAAACAGUCCAGAACGAUUCUUGUGGACAAAACUGGCAUAAAACUACUUAUUUUUGUGUAGAAGCAAUAAACAGUAAACGAAAAAUAAGGGGAAAACUUGGUCACGUGGUACAAAUUCACGUUUGCCGUUUGGCGUUAACGUGAAUCUUAAUACGCGCAAAGUUGUUGUAAGUUUUGCUUAUCGGAGGCCCCGUUCACGCGUAUCAGUUUUUGUUUGAAAACGGAUAUUUUUUCUCCGGUUGAGCCUACCUUCCACACUCACUAAUGCACUGAAAUUGAUCACCGAAAACGCACCUUUUCAAAAACGCUCUCUCGAGUCUAGAUUUUUUUAAAACGUCGGCUUUUCUUUUACGUGUGGACGGACGAAAACGGUUUCGGAUCUCGGAAUACGAUGAUGUCAUUUAUCAUAUACUUCUAGCAUAACGCAUGCUCAAUAAUAAAGCUAUGGUAUUUGCAUCGUUUUAGCCGUUUUCGUGUGGACGGGUGACUACGAUUCGAAUAUGCUACGUGUGGUUGCGUAUUUGUUUGAAAAUGGAGGUAAAAAUCUCCGUAAUAAAAAAUAUCCGAAUAUUACUGCCUGACCAAUCUUUGUACAUCUAUGCUUAUUUCACGUUUUCUUGUUUCCUCUCUGUUUAGUUUUCUCCUUUACUUUAGAAAAAGAGUGCUUACAAUAAUUGGAUUUAAUAUACUGAUUUUGUCCCACCUCGUUUGUUUCCUUCUUUGUCAUUGUAACUAAUAUGGAACGAAUGGAAAUUUAAAAAAGAGUUAAAAAACUCAUUAUAAUUCAUAAAGAAAAAACAAAAGAAAUUUUAAAAGUUUAAUGAGUGACUUUACAGGGACACCCAAUGAUUGUUUUCUGUGAAAUCUGUUCGGAGAAGCAAAAAUUGCCCAGAAUUUUUUAGAUGACCUUUCCUUUCAUGCACAAUUUUCGAAGCUUAUCUAAUAAAUUCCCUUCGAUUUUAUGUAUUUCACUCCCCAGGUUAAGCCUUGUUUUAGAACAGGAGGGAAAGUUAAACCUAAAAUUUUUGGAACCAAAAAUGCGAUGCACAGACAAAUUCUCAAUUUGUAAAACUCUAAAUUGCAGCUAAAAUGUUCGGAAAAAUAAUGCUGAAGCCCUUGUAAUUUCGAAAAGAGUCAAGCUGCCCUAGGAUGAACGAACAGAUAAAAAUUUUUAGCUCUACUUGAAAUACAUUUCCAGAGAUCUAAAAGUACUCUGAAUAUCCUAAAAAGUGUUGUCAAUGCAUUUAGGACGAAACCGUUGUUGGGUGCCCCUGUCUAUAUAUCUGAUAAAGACAUGGCUAAACUUUACGUCCAAUUUUGUAGACCAAAAUCGACCCCAAAUCUAAAUAUCAGUGUAAGAAUGAGUUGAUCUAUAUCAGAGAUUUUGAAGUCGUUCAAAAACUCGCAGUCUGUAUUAUCAGGUUUAAAACCAGAUAAUCGAAACUGCUCCUUUUUAAAUACUACAUAAAAAUUCUUAAUAAACAUGCCAUAUUUCUUGAUGUUUUUACAGGUUGCUUUGAAUCGUUUAAGAAUGAACGAUUUCAAACGACCAGGGAAUUCACAAUUACAGCAUCCUCAGAACUUAGUAGUUAUCGAGCUGAUUAUAGUCGCCUUUAUGGUAUUCGUGGUUGGUGUAGCUCUUCAGUAUCCCUACCUCAGUACCUGCAGGCUGAUUUCAAUAAAAUUGUAACAGUCACAGGCGUGGCCACUCAGGGAGAUGCUCAAAGGAACAACCGGGUGACAAGCUAUUUAAUCCGCUAUGGAUAUGAUGGUAAAACAUGGAUUAGCUACGGAGCUGGACAGGUAAAUUUGCAGCAGGUAUUCAUAUAUGUCUGGAUUUGCUUAAAGGGACCUCCAGGAGUUUUUCCCCGACAUUUUCAUUUCGGGAUCGUUUACUUUACUUUUUUUCUUUGUUAUAACAAUUUGAGUACACAAAUCCUCUAACAAGCUGCAGUAGGCAUAAAAUCAGGCUCAUCCUCGGUGUAAAAACCUUUGAAACUCACGAGUGACGUAAAACAAUGAAUACAAAGAGCCACUGAGGAGCCAACACAAUCGUGCCAAGGAAAAUAAUAACUAGAAAACCAAAGAAAAACUUCACAGCUUUUUACACCAAGGUAAACCCUAAAACCAUGACUUUAUAAUGCUGUUUACAUCUUUCUUCACUCCCCCCCCCCUCCCCCCGGCCCUUCACGACCACCACUCGGCUGCGAUCAUUUCCCAUAAUUGUUAUGUCCAUGUGAUGAAACAAUCCUAUUUGAAAUCAGCGUACGCGAUAGAAGUUGUUUUCUCUUCGCACGUUACUUGUAACACUAAAAAUGUGAUCUACAUGGUUCAAUGUAACCGUUGUAAUUUACAAUAUAUAUGUGAAACUAAGAGACGUCUCACGGAACACUUUCUACCACUCUAACCAUUCUCAUACUGACAUGCAGUUAACCCAGAGAGUCGCAUUUGAUAGAUAACGCCAUGACUCUUGAACCUCAUGGCCUAAACCGCCGUGACGAAUUAUUGUAAUCCAUAUCCUUAGUAUUUUUAUGUUGUACGUCAUUUCUGCCUUUCCCUUUUAUUGCGACAUUCUCCAUGCAUCUAUAUAAUAUUGUGAUUGCUACAUAAGUUCAGUAACAUCUGUAAACCUGAAGAAGGCUGGUAUGGCCAGCCGAAAUAUUGUUUAAAAAAACAAUACACGUUGUUUUAAAUCAGCUUUGCAGUAGUGUCAGUAGUCUUUGGACUUCUCGUUCUUGAUUAAGCCUUAUGACGGAACAAGUCUCACGAUUGGCAAUCGUCCAAUUGCCGCCGUCCAGUCUGUUACCAUAUUUUGUCUCAUUUUGGCUACAUUGGUGAAAAACUGACCUCGGGCCCGAGACAGAAAAUUAUCAUAUUGCGAACUUUGUUGUAAGCGGUGACGAGUCUCUGGCUUCAAAACCUAGGUUGUAGGAGUUGAACAAUGCACCAAUGUUUAUUCCUACAUUGUCCUAUUACAACCUGUACUUUGACGCUCCUUAAUGAACCUAUUUGUACAGUAACUGUGCAUGUGUGUGACUAUCUAACGCACUAAAUAUUCGAAGCAAAUACAGAUUCAUUCAUAUCUAUAACUCUUUUACACUUUCGAGUAGACUUCAAGCGAGUGAAACAAAAUCACACAACCUUUUAACUAAUGAACGUUUAAACCUUUUGUCGGACAUAAUGAGUAGACAGAUCAAACAGAGAAGAUUAUUACUUUAAAGCUGAAGAUUUACUUACUGCUUAAUGUAUCCCUGACAACUUUUCUUGUUUGUCCGUUAAUUAUCGGAACUUCAGUCGAGGAACGGGCCCCUGAACGGACAUUUGCAACCCCAGUUAGGGUGACUCGUCCCCAGUCACGAGAAGCGUGUUCGAAGGGAGCGCGAGGGGUGACGGGAAGGAAAAGCAAAAAAAUUCUUCCUUCCCAUCACCUCUAGCGCCCCCCUUCAGUCGAUCUGGGAAUACACCACACAGAUUGUGGUCUCCUGUAAAUAAAAUUAUUUAUAUACCUCCACUUACUUUGUUCUUGAUCUACCACUCAGCAUUUGACUGGAAACAGCGACAGAAGUACCAUUGUUGUCCACUGGUUUGCUCCCCCGUUUGCAGCGCAAUAUGUCAGAAUAUUUCCCAAAACAUAUACUGGUGCAAUAUGUAUGAGAAUGGACUUGUUUGGCUGUAAGGAUUGUAAGUAUAAUUUGUUAGAGGGGAUUCGUAAAAAAAUAAAUUAAUGGGAUACAUGUGCUGCCGUAUACAGCCAAUAAUUAAUAGUAAUAAUAAUUAAAAAUUUAUGACGCGCCUUUUCCAUGCAAAUAUGAUCAAAAGUGCGUUACAAUGCCCUGAAUGUUAAAAAAGAAAAUAAAAGCUCAAAUGUUCAUAGCAAUUUAAGGUAAAAAGUACAUUAAGCCUAAAUAUUGGAAUAAUCAAACGAGCUUAAUCUUGUCAUGCAAUCUUAGUAUCGCACGCAGCCGUUUUUGUCUCGUCACACAACUCUCCUCCCCAUCUUGCUUCUUCGGGUAACCAAUGGGAACAAGGAAUGUGCCUCAUCUUGCCCGCUAGCCACAAAAUAAGUACUUUAGUGCUGUUUGGUAUGAUGCAGCACUUUCUAGCCUGCGCAAAAUUAAAGGAGAUGGGAUUGAGACAUUUACUGGCAGGCUAACUGCUGUCGCAGAAAACGGCGGAAUCUGCAUUUAAGAGUAUAGUGUGUACCGUAAUGCAAACCUUUUUGCCAGUAAACAGUGUUUGUAUAGGUUAUCAUACAACUUCGAGUUCAAUUGUCAAUUUAUUUGCACGAGUGUGUUUUUCAAAAAAGUAUCAAACGGGCAAAAAUUCACCGGAUCAAAAUUCGUCCACAAAACAUCCCCACAAUGCAAUUCGAUCGACACAACACCUCAAUCCAGUCUCACUCGCAACCUCAAAGUGGCCAAUAAAGAUUUGCGGCACCUGAUUGGUUGUUAAACAAUUCUAUUGUUUCUUGGCCAGUCACAGUGGUUCAUUCUCUGAGAAUUGAAUUAUAUUCCCUCGUUUUUGCACUCUGUUUACUUAUAGGCUGUUCCCAGUCCCCUACUUUCCGUAAGUUCAUCGAGUUCGACCGCUUUACCUUACGGGCGGCCACCAUAUAUCUUGGAUUUGUAUCAAAUCUACUUUCUCGCCUCCCUCCCCCCGCAUAAUCCCCACACACGCUAAACCCCGGCUCGAUCUUGAAACUGCAUUACUGCUCUCAGUCAAUCAAAUUCAAUAAACCUAAUGGAGUGUAAAAUUGAGAUAUUGUAUUUGAUAAGUUUGUCUUGUCGUCUUUACAUUAAAUAUUUGCUUGUCUUUUUUAGACCAAGUUUCGUUGCCGUAUAGUUGGAGCAAAGAUGGAGCGGGGCUCUCUGACACAACCUCCUCUCUUACCAUACCAUACAACAAUGCCAGUAAUAUCUACAAUACCUCUUGUACAAGAAAGCUCCCUUCAGCCAGAGGAGUCCAGUGUAAUUCAACCUACCGAUGCUCUACAUCACUUUCUGGAAUACAAGGCAGUUAUCUGACCACUGCAAAUGUUAUAGUGUCCUUAAGUAAGCAACAAUUUGUGCGUACCUUGGUACGCCUUUUUGCUCGUUAUUGUGAUUCUCAAAAUUAAUUUAAUAUACGGGAUCACGCAGUUUUCAAUAACUAACAUAAUUUAAGUCCCUUAUAAGGACAAGAAAAUCAGAUUGCAUUCCAGCAAUACAUGACUGUAAACGGUAUUAGAUGAAUAAGGAAGUACUUUCUAAAAAAUACCUCAACCUUUAAAAUAACGUAUUCUAAGUGGGUAACGUAUUUUUAACGCGUUUGUUUAUUCGUUGAUUUUGUCACUUGUUCAACGGUUUAAGUGCUGGGUAUUAGAUAAACUUAUAAAUAAGGCUCAUUUUAAGAAAAAAACAGAGAAAACAGGCCAGCCAGUUGUUCAAGUUAAUCCAAGUGACGUUAAAGCAAGAUCAACAUUAGUCACAUGGCUGUAUAAUCCUGGAGCCGAUGAAGUGCCUGUAACUGCCUACAAUCUUGAGUAUCGAAAUAGUACUUCUACACUUGAUAUACAUUUGGGACUUGUAUUAAGUAAACGGAUUAUCAACCUCAAGCCAUACACAGCCUACAGUGUUAGGGUGUUAGCCAACAGUGUCUUAGGAAAGAGUCUGUGGAGUAAUUUCACGAAUUUCACAACAAAAAAUGCCAGUAAGUGAUGAUGCAAAUUAGAUGCAGUGCUAAGAAUAAAUUAUAAUUUGUAUAAUACGUUCUUGUUCCAAAACACUGACCACCGCAUCGUUUUAGCGACUCCACUCAAUCGGGUAAUGAAAUAUUAACUACUGGAGUUAUCAUCUUAUAUCUUUCCAUUAAAAUCUGAAAACCUGUGACACAGAAAGGAGUGUAUGCAAACUAAUUUGGCGUUUUUCCUUGCAGUAUAGGCGUCCGGUUAUAGGAUAGACUGAACUAUUCAGAUUGAGUAUCAAUCGAUCUAAACUUAAAUUGUACUUUUCCUUUUUAGGGCCUGAAGUCGAUGUCCCGAUCGUGAAUGUGACAAGCCAUAAUUCGCAAACAAUUCUUGUGAAAUGGCAGGUAAACAUCAGAUUUAUUUUAACAAAAACUCCUUCGAGUCCACAAGUACUUCGUUUCUCAGGGGGGUUGCCUAUUAUUUCCAUGCUUCGACCAAAGACUAUUACCCUGUCGCUAUUGAGGUGCGCUGAUCUUUCCCUCGCCCCUUCCCUCUCCCAGCCCCCACCCCUGCCCCCGCCUCAAUCCUCUGUUACCCCGAAACUCAUAACUCGUAAAAUUAAUGGUGACUGUGUAGGAGUCUGGUUUCCUCAGACAGAAAAACCUGUGAAACCAAUGCCAUCUUUUUUUUCAUUUAAUAUGUUCACGGCUUUGUGUAAACAAAGGAAAAAAAAUUUAGGCUUGAAAUUGUCUGCAUCAACCCCGCAAAUUUAUCAUUUUGAGUGGAUUUUACUGUUAAAAGGUUUGAAAAUAAACAUAGGUAUUGGGGAGGAGACUGGUUAUUAAAGCCGGCGAACAUCAGUUUUGGGCUGCAGUUUAUGAAGUGAGGUCCAUUACAUGCACAAUCCAUUGUUUUUUGUUCAUAAAUUGUGACUGAGUGAAUUAAUGCGGAUUGAUAGAAAUGAUAUUGAACGUUAUGCACCGUCAAGCCCCCCAAAAAGCUAACAAAAACAUAUUAAAAAAACUUUGACAGGCUUCAUAUACUCCACUUAAUUAACUAUGGUAUAAAGUAUAUAAAGUAUGUUUGCAAUAACUGUAGAUUCACAAGUAUGUCAAAAAGAACGAAGGAUGAACAAUUAAAAAAAAAAAACAUUAACAGCAACAUAUUACACGGAGGAGGGUUUUCUUUUUAGAUAUUUACCGCAACCCGCGGCGGUCCCGUGGUCUCCUAAUUCUGGUCUCGCAGUUAUGACAGUAGUGAGUUGAAAACAAAUGUCAGGAGAUAACCAUGGGUAUGUCCGUAUGAGCAUGCAAGGCAGUUAAAUGGGAGGAGAGGUUACUUCAGGAUGUAUUACUUGAACACUAAUUUAGUCAUGUUCAUGUCCAAGACACCAUGCUCCACCAGUUUAAACGGACCCUUUAGAGGGUACAGCAUUGAAUACAAGGAAGAAGGGAAACCUUCAUGGACAACAGUCAAUGUUGGUGACUCAUCAACCGAUAAGACUUUACAGAGCCUGAAGAAGUGGACAGUAUAUUUCAUUAGAAUCGCAGUUAGUAAUGGCGACUUUCUUGGUCCACCAGGUCCUGAAAAGCAAGUUCGGACGCUAGAAGAUGGUUUGUACACUCCUUAACUUAAGCUUGUUUUCUACACGUUUCUGUUUCUUUUGGCCCCUUGAUCACUUCCAAAACAAAAAAUAACUAACAAAAAAAUCUAACGAAAGGGGUGCAAUUGACUUUCACCUCAGACUCUCUUCUUAUAUUUAGCUCCCAGCAAACCGCAGAAGCUAGUCAUCAGCUUCCAAGAGCCAAGUGAAAUUACAAUGCCUAGAAUGACGGUCCAGUGGCAACAACCUGCUGAACAAAAUGGUAUUAUAAGGAAAUAUCGAUUGGUUUUGAACUAUACCAUUGAUGGAAGACAAACUACCAUUACAAGUGAAACAAAUAAUCAGACCUUUAGCCACAGUUUAGAUGUUUUCGGUGGAAUACAGUACAGUGUUGAAAUUUGGGCAGAAACUGUUAAACCCGGGCCAAGGCUAACUGGAGCUAAACAAGUACCAGAAUACAGUGAGUAUUUGCUUUUCAGUUUCCUGCCCUCAGUGCUGUUGUAUCAGCGGCCCUUUGAAUAGAUGAUUUGUGUAAACGGAAUUCGUAUACAGCUCUGAGCUGCGAGUCCUAGAAAUAAAAGAAAGAUACUUCUCUUACUUAAAAUGCCCUAUAACGCCUACAAGGAGAGGAAAAAAGUGGAAGAUUCCCAAGUCCAUAUUUUGAAUUACUUCUGCCAAUGAGCAUCGUGGUCAGGGAAAUUUAUGGUGUGUAUUAAAUAAUUAUAUGGUUAAAUUUUUCAACCUAUAAUUCAAUAAAUAGUGCCAUUUUACAAUUUUUCGGUUAUCACAAGUUUGCAUUCUCAUCAGUUGCUUUUUUUAAAAUUCUUUUUGCAGAACCAAGCGCGUCGCCUCAAAACAUAACCUCUAAAAAAAUAAACAAAACAACUUACAGAAUAAGUUGGAAUCCUCUUUCCAGAGACAAAAGCAAUGGUAGAGUGAUCGCUUAUGAAGUGAAUCAGACGAGGCUUUCUACUUCACGUAAUGCAAGACCCGUAUGCACUCCGUCAGUUCUACAAAACGCAACAGAUGCAUUUAUUGUUUUAACUGGUCUUUCAUCUUGUUCCGUUUACAAAGUUGAAGUACGUGCCUACACUUCUGCUGGCCUAGGAGUCUUUGGUAGACUUACUCGUAACAUCGCGUAUUCAGGUAUGUCGAUAUAGUCAGAUCUGCUUAAUACGAACACAAAAUCGGGACAGAGCCAAGCGUGCGCGUUAUAGAGAUUGCCCCUUUAUAGUCGGGCAGAUAGAGAUAGGUAAAGUUUUGCAUCGUUGAGAAGAACUGUCCAAAAAAGAGAGGCGUUAGGAUUACGUAUCUCCAAGGGAAAUUGAAUGGCUUCUACGACAGUUAGAACUACCAUUAAGCUAUCGAAGAAAACUUUCCGUUCCAAAGAAAGCACAUUACGCAGUUUUGAGUGAUGUUUCGAUAAUGUUCUUUGCCGGAAGGGCGAUGUAUUUGACUCGUUCUCAUAUACUGUAAGUGUAUCCAUCCCUUACAAUCAUUGCAAAUGAUCACUACCGAUUGUUGUAGUUCCUGGUGAACCAACUGACGUGAAGACGGAAAAUCCUGGUAAACGGAGCAUAACCUUGUGGUGGGGUAAACCGAAACUACACGGCGAUGAUGUAAGACGUUACAAGGUAACUUUCGAGUUUUUUUAUAAAGAAAAUUUAGAUUUUGUUUAUAAUGGAAGUGCACUUAGCUUAUCCAGCUGGUUUACAAGCACUUAAGUCAAAUAAUUUGAAACAAUAAUCUUAAUAGAACAUAACAGGAUUAAAAACCACAACUGGCAGGAAGCAAUCGUUUGGCUUUUUAGGCGCGAGAGACGUCCCUCGCUCUCGCGUGCCCUCUCGCGUAUUACUCGCGCGUGACUUCUUAAUAUAUCCGCUAAAAGAAGGGUAUGCUCGUAUGCUGUUGCAUACGUUUAUGGGCUAAGGGUGGAUUUUCUCUGUCGCGUAAUUUUUACGUGCAUACAUGCGUAAAAUUUGCGUUAGCAAAUAAAAGAGGGGCAAUGUAUGAGAGAUCGCGCGUAAAAGUAAAGUUGAACCCCGCUCAACUUCACGUUUAAUCAAAAAAUCUAAAAAUGACCUUUUACCAACUUUUUCACCUGAUUUGACAUGAAAUAGACAGAUUUGGUUGAUUUAUCCUGAAAGGGGAUUUUUUUCAAAAAGCUUGGUACUUUUCUUAACCCAUUCGCUCCUGGAGAUUUUGCCGAAAAACGCGUUUUGAAGAUACUCGAGUGGUUUUCUGGCCACUGUCCUGCUAUAAAGAGCUAAAACUUACCACAAACCGGUUUACAGGUCGUACACUUCACGGCCUUCUGAUCCAGAUGCAAAAUAUCAGCUUGCGAAGUUCGGGCAUGCGUAGAAAGCAAAAUUUUGGGGUUUAUAAGUGACACAGCAGUCUUGACUUUUAUUUUUCGCUUUCUCUCCUCCCCUCUUUUUUCGCUUUUCUUGGCUCAUUCUUUUUUCUCUUGCUGGGCAUUUAGUAGGCUUCAUUUUGGUGGGAAUAGUUUUUAGGAAAGCUUUUAGGAUCUUAGGAUUAGGUGAAAGGAAAGGUAGGUGAGCAAUGGAACAAGAUUUUCAUGGAGAUUUUCAGGUCAUGUUACAUGGUUUUUUUUUGCCUCUUUCUCCGGUGUCCUUGACUGAAUUGUGCUCAUUCUGGUAUGGUUUGAAAGAUCUCUUCACUCUGCACAACUAAACUGAUGACGUCACAAAGGGUAGAAAGGACGUGGAUCCGCACCGGGCGGUUACGGGCGGUUCAGGGGCGAAUGGGUUAGGCUUAACACGCGUAAGAGAGUAAGCAUCGUGUUUACUGCGAACAGCGAACGUGAUUUUGUACCACGUGACGAAGUUUUCCGUUUACUUAUUGUUUACUGUUCAUACAUGUACGAAAAUCGGUAGGUCCACGCCAAUUCGAUCCCUAACAAUUGUCUUAAGCUGUUUUUAUCAGCUCAUUUCUCAUUCUGAAAAUUUCUCAACUUGAAUAUCACGUUUGCCGUUUGCAGUAAAUGCGAUGCUUAAUCUUUCUAAUACCUUGUGUCCAUUUUAUUUACGCGAGUAAAAUUUACGCGACCGUGGCAAUCCACCGCAAGGAUCGCACUCAUUGGAAUCGUUCCCUAAGGUGCUCAUUAGUCAAAGCGUUUAAAUCUUACCUAGCGAAGGCGGCGUUCAAGCGAGUGAAUAAGGUAACUGUGAGACCGACUACACACUUCACCCCAGUCCUCUGACAUCAUAUACAAAGUAAAUAUGUAUACUGACACCAAACGUACUUUCGACCAGUUAAAAAUUAUCGCGUGUAGGUGUUCCGUACACACGAAGCCAGUUUAACAAUACGCUCAGUGGUUCAAAGUUCCGUGUGAACAGAGCGAAAAUUCGUCCAUUGCCAUAUCAACGUAACCUUAUAGACAACCAUAUAAUUACAUAACAGUUAUUUAUGCAUGCCGCAGAUAAUCUAUAAAGGCACAAAGGAUUAUUAUCCAGAAUUUAAACCGCAUACUGGAAUUCAAGAAACGGACUCUCCG